AUGUUUGGAACGAUUUUACUUGUUUUAUUAGGUCUCCUUGCCUUAUUCUGCGUUUGGAGAUUAACAAGAAGUUACAAGGUUGCUGUUACAAUGAAAACAGACAGCAAAAUUGCCUCAAUUGUUUCUGAAAUGAAGUCAAUCAAGAAGAAUUACAAGCCAACACCAUGGCUCGUUGGCGGAAAUGCAAUGACCAUCUGGGGUAUGAGAUAUCGCGGCCGCUCUUCUGUCAGACCACGCCGUGAAGAGCUCAUUUUCGAAGAUGGCGGCGCUGUUUACAUUGACUGGUUCGAAAAUCAAGAUACACCAGCUAACGCUCCAGUUCUUGUUGUUGUCCAUACACUCGGCGGUGGCACAAGAGAACCAUGCACAAACUACAUGUGCGUAGCCGCACAAAAGCAUGGCUGGAGAGCUGUCGUUGCAACAUGCCGUGGUUGCAAUGGUUCCCGUAUCACAACAAAGCGCUUAUAUGAUGCUCUUCGCACUGACGAUUUACACUUUAUCAUUGAACACGUCAAGAAGACAUACAAUCCCCCACACAUCUACCUCAUGGGCUUCUCCCUUGGUUCUAUCAUCUCUGUCCAGUACGGUAUUGACUUCACAGACGUUGAUGCAAUCAUGUGCGUUUCUCACCCUCUCGAAACAGAAAAGUGCUGCAAGAUCCUCGAACAGCCAGUCCAGAGCAAGCUUUACCUUCCAAUCAUCAUGCACCAACUCAAGCGCGCUGUUGAAAAAGACGAAUUCGUCCCAGAAGACAUGAAGAAGGCCACACUCAAGUCAAAGACACUCGUCGAGUUCGAUAAUGCAUUCACAUCCCAGAUCAUUGACCUCAAAGACGCUCACGAAUACUACGAAAAGAUUCAUCUCAGAACAAAGAUCGACAAAGUCAGAGUUCCACUCAUCAUCUUCAACUCUGAUGAUGAUCCAUUCACAAGACCAGAAUUCGCUCCAAAGGAUUUGAUCGUAAACUCAAACUUCGUCGCUUAUCUCAGCACUCCAGAGGGUGGCCACGUUUCCUUUAACUACGGAAUGAACGGUCAUGGCUCUUACAUCGAAAAUGUUGCUAUCGACUUCUUCGAAUCAGCAACACGCAGCAAUUCCAAAUAA